AUGGAUUCUAGUUCUUUAACUAGAACGCAAACUAUCGGGCGUAGACUAAAUAAGCCAGAACGUUACCAACCAACAGUCCCACUUUUGACGGGAAAAAUUCAAGAAAACAAAUCUUGUUGGGUGAUAUUUUCUAGAAUAGUAACAUUUUGGGCACAUCCCGCCUUGUUAUCUUCAAUAGGGGGUCUUCAAGAUAAACAAUCAAGACAAGCAUGGCGCGAAAAGAUUGCUUUAUGUUUUAUCGCCCUUGCCAUGAGCGGUAUCGUUGCCUUUGUGACCAUUUAUCUUACAUCAUCCUUAUGCCCUAUUUCGGAUGCAAAGUUCUUGAAAUUUAAUCAAACGUCAGGUGAUCUUGGGAUACUGGGUUGGCAAUUUGACGUAACUGAAGCACGAACACCUCCGGAACUCCCCGUAAUUGAGAUCCUAAAAAAUGGAAGCGGACAAGAUAUAACAAACUAUUUCACACGAAAGAAUAAACAUAUUGAAUCUUGUGUGGAAGCAAGCAAUUCAAAUUUAAAUUUCAAGAUUGUUCAUCACGAACCUUGUGAUUAUCAGGAAUUUUGUGCUUUAAAUGAUACAAUUAAUGACAAUCAUCUUUUAAGAUUAAACUUGAUAAACUCAACGAGGAAAGUUGGGUAUGAUUGGGAUCAACUUCAACAUAUAAAUAAUUACAUGGUCAUAGACGGAAAUGUUUUAAAUUUAGAACCUUAUAUGAAAACCUUUCCAAAUAAAAUUGAAAAUGAUUUAAUUGAUCAAACUAUUCGUAGAGUAUUAAAUUCAGGGGGAAAGGAUGCGACGCGUUAUUUUUAUAGCAAAGAAGAUAUGAAGAAAGCUAUGAGAUGUGUUAUCGAUAAAUAUUUUGCCGGAAACAUCGAUAAAGAUACGAUCGGAUGUUUUAUAUCAAAACUUUUUUUAUACGUUUCAUUAGUGGUAAUUUUAGGAAUUUUAUUGGCACGAUUUUUAAUGGCUUGUGUUUUUAACUGGUUCAUUUCACCAAGGCUCGCGUAUCAACCAGACAACGCAUCUAAUAAAGUUCAUCCACGAGUGCUCGGCAAUUUAAACAUGACAAUGGAUAAAGUUGGAAAUGAUUUAUUUACCGUAUUGCUAGUCACAUGUUAUUCGGAGAGUGAAGCUGGUAUAAGAACUACUUGUGAAUCAAUGGCCGCCACGGAUUAUCCAAAUAAUAGGAAAUUGUUAUUCUUGGUUUGCGAUGGAAUUAUUACUGGCAGCGGGAAUUCAAAGAGUACGCCCCAAAUUUGUGUAGAAAUGAUGGAUCUUUCUCCAGAAUUCAAUCAUCCUCAACCAAUGAGUUAUAUCGCCGUGGAUGAUGGCGCUAAACAAUAUAACAGGGCUAAGGUUUAUGUUGGUCAUUUUUGUCAUAAUAAUGAACGUGUUCCAAUGAUUACUGUUGUAAAAUGUGGCAACCCUGACGAAGAAGGCAGUCAAAAACCUGGAAAUCGAGGCAAACGUGAUUCCCAAUUAAUUUUAAUGAAUUUUUUUAAUCGCGUUACUUAUAAUGAUCGCAUCCCUUCUCUGGAUUAUGAUUUGUUCCGUAAGAUUACUCAUAUCAUGGGCGUGACACCCGAUUACUUUGAAGCCGUUCUUAUGAUUAUAGGACUUUGUGGCGAAACACGCAUCGCAAAUAAACGAGAAUCAUGGGUUACUUGUAUUCAAGUUUUCGAAUAUUACAUUUCUCAUCAUUUAGGGAAAGGUUUCGAAUCAGUGUUUGGUGGGGUAACUUGUUUACCAGGUUGUUUCUGUAUGUAUCGACUUAAAUCUCGCAAGGGUAAAGAUUGGGUUCCAAUUUUAACGAAACCGGAAAUCGUACAAGAAUAUUCUCAAAAUAUUGUAAAUACCCUUCAUCAAAAGAAUUUGUUACUUCUCGGUGAGGAUCGUUUCUUGUCGACUCUAAUGUUAAGAAAUUUUCCACGUCGUAAAAUGAUCUUUUGUCCUCAAGCAAUUUGCAAAACCGUUGUACCAUGUGAUUUUAGAGUUUUAUUGUCCCAAAGACGUAGAUGGAUCAAUUCAACUUUACAUAACCUUAUGGAACUUGUUUUGGUCAGAAACCUUUGUGGGACCUUUUGUUUUUCAAUGCAAUUUGUUAUUUUUAUGGAAUUAAUGGGAACCGUUGUAUUACCAAUUGCCAUCUUAUUAACCUAUAGUUUAUUAAUCUCUUAUGUGAUAACCCCUCCAAAAACUUUUGAUGAAUCAAUACCAUUAUUAAUGUUAGGAGCUGUUCUUGGAUUACCAGCUAUCUUGAUUUUAAUUACUACGAGAAAACUUGUUUAUGUGCUUUGGAUGAAUAUAUAUUUAAUAUUUUUACCUGUAUGGAAUUUCAUUUUACCUAUAUAUGCUUAUUGGCAUUUUGAUGAUUUCUCGUGGGGUGAAACAAGAAAAGUUGAAGGGGAAUCUAAGGACGAUAAUCAUGGUACAAGAGAUGGUCAAUUUGAUUCUUCUAAAGUUCCAUUAAAACGUUGGGAAGAAUGGGAAAGAGAGAGGUUAAUGGGUCAACGAAGUCGUGAAUUUCAAGAAAACCGAGAUGUUUAUUUUACGAAUGUGUUAAAUCCAAAUAUUUACUAUAAUCAAUAUAUAUAG